AUGGGUGGAGUUGAGUUUGAAGGCAUUGUUGACCCUACAUAUGCCGAGCAUUGGUUGGAACAAAUUGAAAGAGUGUUCGAGCAGUUAGAGUGUUCUGAUGAUGCCAAAUUUAAGGCAAAACCUCCUGUUCUUACUUGGAAUAAUUUUGUGAAAGAAUUUCAUAAGAAGUAUGUCCCACCAUCUUAUCAUGAUGCAAAGAAAAAACAGUUCUUAAAUUUAGAGCAAGGAAUUUCAGCUGCUCUUACAUGGGAAAGGAUCGAUAAGGAACAAUCUGGUAGAAAUGAACAUAAGUUUAGGAAAGCUUAUGCAGAUUCGGGAGGUCCAUCAAAAAAGGGGGAGAAUAGAUCAAGUUCCUUUACUGCUAGCACUCCAAGCUCUAGACAAGGCAAGACUCAUAUAACCACUUGUGCACAAUGUGGAAGGAAUCACUUUGGUACUUGUAGAAGAGCUUCUGGUGCUUGUUUUAAUUAUGGUUGCUUCGAUCGUAAGGUGAGGGAUUAUCCUAAUCCUAAUCCCACUUGUUCUCUGCGUACUGAAGGCUCGGUUCAAAAACCUUUUACCACUCCCUCUCAAGGGAAUAGAGGUGCAAGAUCUAGAAACACACAAGAAACAGGUGCAGGUGUAGCCAAUCCAGCUGGUGGGUCAAGAGCUAUAGCACGAGCUUAUGCGAUGAUACAGAGGGAUGAGUAG